ACUUUCUCCUCUUUUUUCAGUUGAAGAGCCGCUCAUCGCCUCCACCACCUCAUCGCUUCUCCUCCGUCUACCACAAGGGCCUCGCGCGGCCGGCGCCGCAGCAGCCACCUGAGCCACCGUCUACUUCGGGUUGGUUAUUCAUCCAAGUGUUCGCGCCACAGAAGCUUCCCUCUUUCGCUCUCGCGCGUUCUCUAGCGUUGGUUUAAUCUUUUUGCAGGAUUAAAUGGAGCCAAGAUGGAAAGGAAAGGCCUUAAAGGCUAAAGCUCUUGCAGAGCCCAUGUCAAAGAUAGUGUCGCAGCUUCAGUCUUCUCUAAUUCAAUCAGAUGCUCACGGACUUCUCGCUGGCUGCAGUGUACUUAUAGAAGUUGAAUCAGAACAAACUGAUCUUCUAGAUCGUGCAUGCUUUGGUGGACGCAUUAUUACAGCUGAAAAGGAUAAGGAUUGGUUUCAGCUGGGUUUAGAAGAAGCCUUUUACCUGUGCUAUUCGUUGAAGUGCCUCAAGAUUGCAGGUGAUGAUAAUUGUCCAAAGAAUGAUGUAGAGCUAUGGCAGUGCAUGAUAUCCAAAAAAUCAACUUUCCCUGAUUUCUACAAGGCUUAUUCUCAUCUUCGAAUGAAAAAUUGGGUUGUGAAGUCGGGUUCUAAUUAUGGUGUGGACUUCGUUGCGUACCGUCACCAUCCGUCUCUGGUCCAUUCUGAAUAUGCUGUGCUUGUUUUGUCAGAAGGAGAAGGUGAGGUAAAUGGCCGAUUGAGGUUGUGGUCCGAUCUCCAUUGCACAACUCGAAUUAGUCGAAGUGUUGUGAAGACGCUUUUAGUUCUUAAGAUCAAUAAAAACGGUAAUGGUGCUACUUCUCCGUCAUAUUUGGAGAAAUACACUGUUGUAGAGCGCAGAGUCACAAGAUGGCAUCCAGAACAAUGCCGUGAAGAUCAUAUGAUAGUUGAAAAGAGAACCAAGCAACGAGAAGCUCUUGGAAAAGCAGGUUUAAAGACAAAAUUUCUUCAAAACCAUGAUGUAAAAUUGAAGCAGGGCCUAGUUGGAUCCAUACAGAGUCUUAGCCUAGUUAGGAUUAGUCUAAUUUUUGUGUCUAUUUCCUUAAUAGGAAGCUGUUGCCUGAUGGUUUUGUUUUAAUUAGGUUUUCUUGAGUUAAAUUUAUUGAAAUGGGUUGCACCAAAGCCAUGAGUUGGUAUCUAUCCUUACUCCCUAGUGGAA